GUCAGUUCAGUUUCAUCUUUCGGUCCAGUCGGUCAUCGUUAUUGAUCGUUUCGUUUUACUACUUCAGUGAAUUGAUAAUCGCAUCUCGUCUCAUCAACCACCGGGAUGAUUCUCCGGAUUUGGUCUGUAGGGACACUGGUUCUACUGGUUGCCCGGAAUUCCAUUCAACAGCAAUGCAUAACACCAACCAACAAACGUGGAGAAUGUUUAUCAAUCUACGAUUGCCCUAGCAUGCUCUCGUUCUUCGGAGAUCGAAUUCUAACCUGGGAGGAACGUGACUUUCUACGCCUUUCCGUCUGUACUGGAGCUGCAUCCGGGCGGCAGCCGUACGUAUGUUGUCCGGAUAACCGAUUGACAAAUAAGGAUCCGGAAGCAGGUACUCCUCCUUCGUCAUCGAUGGCAAACAAUAAUCCAGAAGCAGCCACUACUGAGCCAUCAAUUCCAACUCCUCCAUCACCGGUGACACCGCUGAGCACGCAGAAUCGUGCCGAAGUGUCCAGUGGCGUUCUGCCAAAUCCGAACAAGAACGAGUGUGGAAUCAGCAUUGGUAUGCGGAUCUACGGUGGCGAGAAUGCCGAUAUCGAUGAGUUCCCUUGGUUGGCUAUGCUGCAGUAUGAGAACUUUAGAGAAGAGCGGAAAUUCAGCUGCGGCGGAUCGCUGAUCAACAAUCGGUAUGUGGUGACAGCAGCUCAUUGCGUCGUUGGUGAAGUGGAAAAGAAGGAGGGAAAUUUGGUAAGCGUCCGCUUGGGAGAGUACGACACAACGAGCGAUGUUGAUUGCAUUAUCCUGGAUGAUGAGCAGAUUUGCGCUGAUCCACCGAUUGAUGUUCCUGUUGAGGAAAAAACCGCACAUCCUGAGUACAAUGACAAAUCGAUGUUAAAUGAUAUUGCAUUGCUUCGGCUAAAUCGGGAUGUUUUGUACACGGAUUUCAUACAGCCGGUAUGUUUGCCACAGACUUCACUGUUCAAGAGCUCAUCGGCGGGAGAUGUCGAUUUCGUCACCGGUUUUGGACGAACACUACAGGGCAGUCGCAGUGCAGUAAAGCAGAAGCUCGGCAUCAAAAUCUACGACCAGGAACGGUGUCGAGUCAAAUUUGCCACCAAGAAGGCAGAAAUCACCCCGAACCAGCUGUGUGCCGGUGGAGACUUUGCCAAGGACUCGUGCCACGGAGAUUCCGGUGGUCCGCUGAUGAAGCUGCAGAAAGUGUGGACCUUGGAGGGAAUUGUGUCCUACGGUAACCGGUGCGGCCUUGAGGAUUGGCCUGGAGUGUACACACGGGUGCUAGCGUACAUAGGUUGGAUCCGGGCUACCAUUCCCGGCAGAGAAGAGGUUAAGUGCUACUUUUGCAAAAAGCCGGGCCACAAGAAAGCAAGCUGUGACAAGUGGAAGAAGUGGAAGGACAAUAAGAAGAAAAGUGAUGCGAAAGAAGAAAAAUCUGGCAAUAAGGCUCACAGUGUAGUGCAAAACGAUGUCGAUGCGGUUGAAUGGGUGUUCGCGGAAGGUGACCUGGCACCGGGUGUUUGGAUUCUGGACUCUGGCGCAACGUGCCAUAUUGCGAAUAGCCGUGAUUUUUUCGAGUCGUUUGACAGCAGUGUCAGAGAAGAUGUGAGUGUCGCGAAUGGAGUGAAAGUGAGAUCCACAGGAAGAGGAUCUGGCAAGUUGAUUGUUGUUGACAGUGCGAACAAACGUCGUGUGAUCACAAUUAAUGAUGUGCUGCUGGUGUCAGACAUGAAAGCGAACUUGUUGUCAGUGAAGCGAUUAGUGAGCAAAGGCUUCGAAGUGAGCUUUGAUGCGAAAGGUGCAACCAGUAGUCGAAAUGGGACUGUUGGUGCUGUGGCCGAACAUUUGAACAAUUUAUUUGUGUUGAAACUGCUCAAUGAAAGUGUAUCGCUGGUGGCUGAAGCCACUGAGUGCAUUCAUCAAUGGCACCGUAAGCUGGGGCAAAGAGACAGUGAUGCAGUGAAAAAGCUCCCGUUGAUGACAUCGGGGAUGAAGAUAAAAGAGUGCAACUGUUCGGAAGAGUGUGAAGUGUAUAUUCGCGGGAAGAUGCAUCGUGUGUCGUUUCCGAAGGCGUCGAGCAGCAAGUCGUCGAGCGUUUUGGACCUGAUCCAUACGGAUAUCUGCGGUCCGAUGCGGACAGUGACGCUGAGCGGCAGGCGUUACUUCUUGACGUUUAUAGACGACUUCAACAAGUAUACGGUUGUCUACAUCCUCAAGCGAAAGUCGGAGACACUGGACAGGCUGCGAGAGUACGUUGAAAUGGCUACCACCAAGUUCGGUAAGAGGCCAAAGAUGCUUCGCUCGGAUAACGGAGAUGUGGUUCAGGAGGAGCCCAAAAAGCUUUCGGGUCCGGAUAGCCACAACUGGAGGAAAGCGAUGCUGGAUGAACUCGAAUCGAUCAAUAGCAGUGGUGCUUGGGAAUUGGUCGAUGCCCCACAAGGAAAGCGAGUUUUGGGGUGUAAAUGGAUUUUCAAACUAAAGCGCACCGCCGAUGAUAAGGUCGUUAGGUUCAAAGCCAGACUCGUAGCACAGGGCUACAACCAGCAGUAUGGGAGUGAGUACGACGAAGUAUUCGCACCCGUUGUUCGUCAGACCACAUUCAGAACUCUCAUGUCUGUUGCGGCAAUGCGAGGAAUGGUUGUGAGGCAGUUUGACAUAAAGACGGCGUUUCUCAACGGCGACCUUGAGGAGGAGCUGUUCAUGCACCAGCCGUCGGGGUUCAUCGUUGAGGGUGCUGAAGGCAAGGUCUGCCGUUUAAAACGUAGCUUAUACGGGCUGAAGCAGAGCGCUUGUUCAUGGAACAUCAAACUUCAUCAAGUGCUGGAAGGUGACGGUUUCAAGAGAAGCGAAGCGGACCCGUGUCUGUACAGUAAGGUGGUCAACGGAAAACGCUGCUACAUCCUGGUCUACGUUGAUGAUCUGAUCAUCGCCAGCCAGAAAGAAAGAAUCAUCACGUUUGUCAGCCGGACAUUGGAUCGUUACUUUGAAAUCGUUAGUCUAGGAGAAGUGCGGAAUUAUGUCGGCAUCGAAGUGGAACGUGAUAGUGCUGGUGACUUUCACAUCUCGCAGCGCAAGUACAUUGCGGAUAUCGUGAAGUCAGCCGGUUUACAGGAUGCAAAAUCUUCUGCGAUCCCCAUCGACGUUGGCUAUUUCAAGCCGGACACCAAAGAUAAACCUCUUUCGGAUAACUCGGAGUAUCAAAAGCUAGGUUCAAUCAAUCUGAAGCUUAGGCUAAGCGGUCGUGAAGAUAAAUCUGGAUUGGUGGGUCAUGCUGAUGCCGAUUGGGAGGAAUGCCGGUUGGAUCGCAAAUCCAACAGCGGAUUUCUGUUCAAGUUCUGUGGCGGUACCAUAUCCUUCGUCGCCUUAUGCGAGGCUUCUCAAGAGGCAAUCUGGCUUCAGCGACUUCUACAUGAUCUGGGUGAAAACGUUCAGGCAGUGCAGCUAAAUGAGGACAACCAAUCUUGCUUGAAGAUGCUGCAAUCCGAGAAGUAUAGCAACAGGACGAAACAUAUUGAUACGAAGUACAAUUUCGUGAAAGAUUUGUAUCGAACUGGAGUCAUCGAGUACGUGUAUUGCCCGUCAGAAUGCCAUAGAAACCAUCUCGCGGUCAAGAUCACCGUCCACAAACCGAUCGCAAUGCGGUCCCUAGUUUUGAAUGUUGUGACCCUAGCAACAGUGAUGGUGACACUUUCGAUCACCCCUUCAUCGCAGCUGCCUCAGCCAGCUCGCGAAGAAGUAAAUACCAUCUGGGACGUGAUAACAGAGUGCAGUAUUCCGAAUGAAUCACGUAAGGGUACCUGUCGGUCACCAACCGAGUGUCCAGCCUAUUCAACCAUAAACAAUCCGGAAGAUAUAAGCUCAGUAGGAAGGCUGAGCUUCCUCAAACAGAUCCAGUGUAGUGCUACAGGAAAUGUUGGUGUGUGCUGUCCCCGAACGAAGCGUUAUCAAUCGCCAAUGUUGGAUGAGACUGUUCCAAAGCGGAACCGAACGAACUCGACGCGCGUUCAUUCGCGAUUUGGAGACGAUGACAUCUGUGGCUAUCAGAGCUUUGUGCCGAAGAUUCGGGGCGGUGAGAUAGCAAAUAUAGACGAGUUUCCCUGGAUGGCGAUGUUGUUGUACGAACUGAGGGAAUCCAAAAUGAUCGUCCAUGGAUGCGGGGGGGCGUUGAUUAGCAAGAACUUUGUGAUCACGGCUGCUCAUUGCGUAACGGGGAAGGAUUACGACAACAAGGGACCGCUUAAAUUUGUCCGAUUGCGCGAGUACAACGUAUUCGACGACCCGGACUGCGUGAUCGAGCAUAACUUCCAGGAUUGCUCGGAGGAAAAAAUAGAUGCCGAACCAGUACAAAUCAUUGUGCACCCGGAUUACGAUCCAAACUUUCGCCACAAGUACCACGACAUCGCCCUGAUCGAAAUCGGCCCAGUUCCAUUCUACACGGACUUUCUGCGGCACAUUUGCCUUCCGGAAUCAGACCUGGACAACGGUGCUGCCCCGGGGAAGAAAUUUAGCGUUUCCGGCUGGGGAAGAACCGACAUCUUUCGUCAACAACUUGGCAAUAAUGCACUCAGCCCGAUCAAGCUGAAGGUGGUUCUGCCUUACGUGGAUCCCGAACAGUGCAAGAGGGUUUUCCGUACCCAGCAGUUGGAGAUCGGCCCGGGUCAGCUGUGUGCCGGUGGUGAGAAGGCGAAAGACACCUGCGGUGGAGACAGCGGAUCGCCACUCAUGUUCUACGAUAUCAAAGCCGGAGCUUGGGUACUGACCGGUAUAGUUUCGCUCGGGGUUCGUGACUGUGGUACUGAGGGAAUCCCCGGCGUUUAUACAAACGUGCGCGAGUACUUGGACUGGAUCAAACAGAAUGCUCGAAUGUGAAACGAAAUAUGUACAUAUGGUGAUCAACACAAACCCGAUGAGAGUAGAGAGUAAAUAAACGGAAACCACAAAAAACGUGACUGGUGUUUGGAAUGGGUGGUUCAAGAGAAAAGCAAUACAAACUGAAUGCUUUUGAGAUGAGGGCAAAGAGCAUUGCAAGUCAUCGCACAACAUCGCAACCAACAGCUGAGUCGUGCAUGACUAUGGAUGAUACUGCGUUGCGGAUCCGGUUUGUGACGUCAGAUUGAUCAAGUAGAGAAGUGGUUCGUUCGAGACGCUCUCUGAUCAAGAAGUGAGCGAGAGUUAAAAACGAGAUAGAUUUUUUUUUGAGACGAUUUAUAUUGAGAGCCUGAAUACAACUGC